AUGGCGUUUAGACCAACUCAUCGAAACGACAAGGGGCGCAGCUGGCUGUUGGGCGACACACCAGCAGCAUCGGAGCACGUGCAGUUGCAGGUGGACCCUAUCCGCUCAGGUCUGGACCAAGAAAUCGGGUCUCUCAGAGACCAGGUGUCCAAGCUCAAGAGAGUAGCAGGCGACAUAGCCCUUGAGACCAAGCAGCAGAACGAUAUCCUUAAUCAACUGGAGCACACCAUGGCUAAGGCGCGGGCAGCAGUGCGCAACACAAUGCGGAAGGUAGACAGGCAUCUCAAGGGCAGUGGCUCCGCGCACCUGUUACACGUCAUCCUCUUUGCGUUAGCGUGCUUCCUCUUGGUGUACCUCUGGAAGAAACUUCGGUGA